AUGGUGAAGCUGUCAUACAUUGCACUGAAUGCAGCUGUGACCACACCUAGUGAUGGGUGCAAGUCUUGCUCCCUGGAUGCACAAUGUAACCUUGAUGGGAAAAAUUAUAGUUGCAUAUGCAACCAAGGAUUUUCAGGAGAUGGAACCACCUGCACGGCACUGAAAACUCCAUGUGACUCUUCGCAAUGCUUUCCCUCAUUUUGUAACAAUGGAGGGACAUGCAUAAUCAGUGCUGAUGACUGCAAACCAGUCUGCCAGUGCCCAAGUCAGUACCGUGGGGAAAGAUGCAACCGUGCAGUACAUCAGUUUCAAGCAGAAGCUUUAUCAACCAUGCCUAAAAGAUCAGUCAAUAUUACAUUGAGGCUACAAGGUGUGAAUGUGACUGUCUUAAGCACAAGAAACAGUCCAAAUUACAUCUCUCUGACUAACAUCACCACAGGAAAGGUCCAUGGAAUUCUGUCCAAUUUAGAAAGAUUUGCUGGGAAUUCAAAGCCUGUUUUUUGGUCACAAGGAGAAACAGUAACCACUGCUGUUGUAUCAUCAUUCACCUACAAUGGAAACAAGACCAUCAUUGAUUACCUGAACAAUAGAUUGUCCACUGUGAUUCAAGAAGCCUUUAAUAACCGACGUCGGUUUAGUCGAGACCUGAACCCUGAUAAUGUUCAGUUUGGACCUCUAAAUCAAGAUGACGUUAAAGACGUGACUAAACUAUCAACCAAGGAUUUGUUGAGGUACUUAAGCUGCAAUCAAAGUACUUUUAGUGGGUACAAACUGGAAUGGAAUGAUGAGAAAGGGGCAAUUUGCCAAUCCCCCUGUGAGAUGAAUUACUGUAUGAAUGAAGCCGAGUGCCAGCAUCUGACAACUGGACCUUCCUGCAAGUGUAAGUCUGAUUGA